AACAAAACAAUACCAUGAACAAGGACCGCACUCACCUUAUCUUUUUCUGGGUAUCGUGUUCAGCGUUCAACCCACACUUCAACUAAUAUCCUCCCCCCAAAAGAACUGAAUUCUCUGUUGUAUUUGGGUUUUGAAACCAUACAUAAAUGGUUAAUGCCAUGCCAUCGACGGAAGCAUGAAUUAGUGAACUAGGAUGAACUUGAGUCCCAUUCCUCCACCAUUCUCGGGACUUGUCCACACUUGUGGAAAAUGCACUGUGUUCUGCCCAUAUAUUCCUAAUUCACUUAUUCACAAUUACAAAACAGCACUUUUGGUGGGCAGAUCUAAUGUUAGACUAACAAACAGACUUUCAUACAAGUGGAACAGUUCAAGAGACAAAAGAGAAUUUGGGUAUUGGGAUUCUGAUUCAGAAAGCUUUGGAGGGGCCAAAUUCAAGAGCAGGAUUGCUGAGGAUGAUGCAUUUGAUGAUAGUAAUCCCUGGUGGUCUGAAGAAUAUGACAGGGAUGAUUAUGAUGACUACGAGGACAGUUCUCAACUUAAAUGGGGUAGCACUUCUGUACAACAGGCUCUCAGAUCAUGGACUUGGAUUCUCCCAGCAGUUCUGAUUCCAUGGCUGCUUGGAAACCCCAUGGCUAUUAUUAUGGCCUUGUUUUUUCCACUUGCCCAGUCAGCAGUUGGCUCUUUAUUUGAACAGGCUUGGAGAGCGAUUCUCGGAAGUGUGGCACCAGCUCCACCAAAACCAAAACGAAAGCGCAAGACAGCAUCUUAUAGAAAUGGUUGGAAUGAAUCAGACACUAGGUCUUCCAACAGGGAUCAAUCAACAACAUACGAUGAACCAGAGUUGGAUACAAGUGGCAGUACACCUCCAGAAUCCAGGCAGAAAUACUCAUGGGCAGAUCCUGACAAAUCUAUGAGUGCUGGAGUACAAGGUGGGUUGAACUUGGGCGGCUGGGAGGAUUUGGAUAGUGGCAUUGAGAGACCAGUUAGAACUAAAAAGCAAAAUAAAAAAAGUAAACUAAGUAGAAAAAUCAGGAGGAGGGAAGUUCCGUUAUUCUUUAGGUUGCUUGUAGCAUUUUUUCCCUUUUUGGGAUUUUGGGGUAAAUAUCUAUAGUUUAUUACCCUAGUAUUUUCAAUGCAUGAUUUUAUUUACAGGCGCCAUACCUUGAACCUUAUCAUCUAGGUUUUUUAAGCAAACCUUUAAGUUCACAAGUCCAAUACAGGAUAGUUUUUUUUACUACUACGAUAGAACCCAUAGGGAAUGGGACUAUUAUCAUAAGAAGUAAUCACCGGAUUAGUGGUAUUUUUUAGAGCUACCAAGUAAUCAAACAUUUCAAAAUUCUAAGAAAAACAUGAUCUUUAUUAGUGAGAACAUUCUAUGUUUAUCCAUUAUUUUUUUGAAAAACUUGUAUAUAUGUCAUUUACUUUUCCAAUUA